ACAGAUUUUGCUUGAUAGCUUAAUCUCACAGCUGCAAAUAUUACAGCCUCUAUCAUCUUUACCACACGUGCCAAGAUUUCUUUUUCUACCACCAGUGUGAUCUUGACUACAGAGCAACUCAACAAUGUCCACCAGCAUCGUGAAAGUGUUUCUUCUCCUGGCUGUCGUUGUCUGCAUCUCUAAAGCCCAACAACUUGGAUCAGGAAAGCAGUGUCUGUGCUCAAGUGUCAAGAGGUUGGAUACCUCUGACGUAAAGGAUGUCCAGAUCUUCCAAGCAACCGUCUUCUGUAACAGAGUGGAGAUUGUUGUCACCACCAACAGCGGAUAUCGCUAUUGCCUGAACCCCAAGAGGAGACCAGUGCAGCAGCUCGUAGCUAACAUUAUGAACAGACAGAAAGCCUCUACAACCUCACCAACUACAUUCAGCUCCACAGCCGGCAGCAGCAGCACAGCUCGUUUCUGACUCUCUCUGUAACUCCUUCAAUCAGUGAGAAGCUCAGAUGACCUCUGACUGCAACAGAAGCACCUUCACAGAAAGAAGAUGUGAACUCAGUUACGCUUUUUUUUAAUUAUUUAUCUUGUAUUUAUACUUUUGUGCACAUACAGUAUAUCUCCGUUUUAUUUCCUUUGCCUUUGUAAAUACAUUUACAUGUUGUCAACCAAGUGUUUCCUCCAUUUUGUUCAUCCAGUUUUUUAUAAUAAAAGACAUAAUCAAGAAAGCAUUGAGUCAUUGUUUUCGGUUCCUGUUCUGAUUCUGUGUCAUAUAUCAACAGUGCUCCCUUGUGGUUCAGGCCUGCUAAUGCAAGUAAUACAUCUCAUUGUGUAUUAAGUAGUCAAGUUGCUUCUCUCUGUCAAAGUCUGGAGGAACUCCUGAGAAUAUCAGUCAGUGCUAAUGUUAAGAUCCCAAAGUUUCUGAUGUAAGAAGAUUUCACAAAGAGGUGGGUCAGAGGCCUACUCACAAUCAGUCAGCAUCUGCAGGUUGAAGUGAAACUCUCGCCAAAAUGCAACCUAGGGUCUUUAUGUGAAUGUAUCCAAGUCCAGCAUUCAUUCAAAAGCAUAAUUAC